CUACAUACCCGUCAGAUUCUUUCUAAAAAACCCCAAUUUCAGGUUCAAACUAAGACUAUCCGGGUCGGGUCCCCUAGUUCUCACUAAAGCGCGUUGACUUAAAAGCUUCGAAAAGUCGUAUAUUCCCCCCCUUUCCUGUUUUUCAUCCAUUAAUUGAUCCAUUAUUAUCAAAUAUCCAUCAAAACAACCUCUGUUCUUCCAUUCCCAGAAUAGAAUCCCAUCUCAUUUUUAUAAAAACCCCCCAAAGUUAUGUCAGUUGAUCCAUUUUCAGAACCUUUAUCAAAACUAUCUGAUGCUGUAAUAUAUGUUCUAAAAACAACUGCCAAUUUCAAACCCCAGUUAACCCAACUGGAAACCACUUUAGUAAAAAUUAAUCCAAUCAUUGAUGACAUCAAAAACCUUAAUCGACAACUCGACCGUUCACCCGUCGAAUCAGACAUUUUUGUAGACCAAAUUGAUGAUGCCAAAAAACUAGUCCUUAAAUGUUUGAAAAUUAAGUUCAAUCCGUUGAAAAAGUUUACUCAUUCAUUAAAACUCAAAGAUUUUAAUGACAACUUACUAAGGUUUUUUCAAAUCCAAGUACAAGCGGAUCAAAGCCGCGAUAUUAAACAAACACUUGUAGCAGUUAAUCAUGUUAGUGAUAGAAUAGAAAGUCUUUCAAUAGAUUUUAGAAACUUGGGACAGACACUGAGUAGAAAUAGUAAUAGUUUUAGCUCGGUUUCUUCUAGAUUACAACAAUGUGGAGGAAACAUAGAACGAAAUAGGUUGGGUUGGGCGGUUCCUGUGCUUCCUAGGGGAAUCGUGGCGUUUAAAGAGCCGUUGGACAAGCUCAAGGCUAAGGUUCUUGCUGGUGUUGAUGAUGAUGACUCGGAUUCCAUGGAUAUUGAUACCGGUGGUGAACAUGUUGAUAACGUGGUGGUUGUUUCUGCGGCCGGUGGAUGUGGUAAGACCACGUUGGUGAAAAUGCUCUGUAAUGAUGUGGAAAUCCAAGGCAAAUUUGGGCAGAAUGUCUUUUUUGUGACAGUUUCAGAAACUCCCAACUUCAUAGUAAUUGUAAAUGAUCUCGGUCUGCAAGGUCCAUUUCAAAGCACAGAAGAUGCGAAGAAUAAGUUGGAUAACUUUUUGCGUACACAAGUAUCACGCCCUAUACUUCUAGUACUAGAUGAUGUUUGGUCCGAUUCAUUUAUAAAAAACUUUGAAUUCGACAUCAGUGGAUACAAAGUUGUGGUCACUUCUAGGAGCGUCUUCAAUAAAUAUGAUGUGUUUAAAUUUGACCCUUUGAGUGAAGAAGAUGCCAAGACUGUCUUUCGCCUUUCCGCAAGACCGGGUCCUGCUAUUGGUGAAAAUUUUGUAAAUCAGAUGGUUAGAUAUUGUAAGAAACACCCGCUCACCCUUUCUGUGAUUGGUGGUUUCUUAACUGGGAAAGAUGAGACUGUUUGGAUACAUAUGCUAAAGAUACUGUCCAAAGGUCAAUCAAUUCUAGAUCUAAAUAGGGAUUUAAAUGAAGAAGUCCUUAACCGCCUAGAAAGAAGCUUUAAGACAUUGGAUGCAGAACUCAAGGAAUAUUACUUGGACUUUGGGUUAUUCUUAGAAGAUCAAAGGAUUCCAGCUAGUUCUCUCUUAAAUAUGUGGGCGCAUUUGUACAACCAUGAUGAUGAGGGUGUUGCUACCCUUGCCAUGAUCUGUGAACUUUCCUAUAGAAAUCUUGUCAAUCUGACUACGACAGGGCUUAGGAGAGAAUCAAGUGUGAAGGUUUACAGUGAACAGCAGAACUACUGUGAGCAGCAGUUCGUGUCACAGCACGAUUUGCUGAGGCAGCUUGCUAUUAAGUUGAGUAGCAAAUCACCCAUAGCACAGAGGCCAAGAUUAAUUAUCAGUGCAUAUAAUGACAUAUUGAUUACAAAUGUACAAGGAGGAGUCAUGCCCAUGUCAGUUGAAAAUGUGCAAGAACCUCUGCAAGCCCGCAUAAUUUCUAUAUCUACAGGAGAGUCGUUCUCUUCGAAAUGGUGCAACUUGAAGGCCACAAACGUUGAGGUUAUGGUGUUGAAUUUGAUGUCAAAGACCUACGCUUUACCUCAUUUCCUGAAUGAUAUGCAAAAAAUGAAAAUUCUUAAUGUCACAAACCAUGGUGUAUACCCAACAGAGUUUGUGAACUCCUGCUUUCUUGGCUGUUUAACCAAUUUAUCAAGAAUGCGGCUUGAACGUGUCUCAGUUUCUUCCUUGAGUGCAUCCUUGGGUGCAUUGGUAAACUUACAGAAAGUAUCUUUCAUAAUGUGCAAUAUAGGUAAUGCUUUUGAGAAACUCGGUAUCGAUAAGGUCAAUAUCUGGCCCAGACUAGUUGAAAUUGAGAUGGAUUAUUGCCAAGAUUUGGUGGAAUUUCCUGAUAUAAUGUGUAACAGUGUCUACCUUAAGAGGCUGAGCAUCACAAAUUGCAAUGAGUUGUGUAAAAUUUCUGAAGAAUUUGGUAAGUUGACUAGCUUGGAAUCACUGAGUCUUCGUUCAUGUACGAAACUGGAAAAGGUUCCUGAAUCAAUCGUAAGACUUCAAAAUCUAAGUAUCAUAGAUAUUUCAGAUUGUUUGAGCCUGACUAAGUUUCCAGAAGAGAUUGGAAAUCUAGCUGGCUUAGAAACAAUUUACAUGAAGGGUUGUACAGGAGUAGUUGAGUUGCCACAAUCUGUGAGUGAGCUAUCUAAUCUACACGUCGUUUGCAAUGAAGAAAUAUCUUAUCAAUGGCAGGAGUUCCCUAAUAAUGUGGAGAUACAUCUGGUGGAAGAAAAUAGAUUGGAUACUUUAAUGAAAAUAAUGUGAUCGGGAGCACCUCUUGCAGCUGUUCUCUUCAUUACUCGAGGAUGUCAAGUAUUCUUUAUCGUUGUUUUAAACUAAAUAUACUUAUCAUCUUGAUUGUCUGUAUGAAUGGAACUUGGCCAAUUCGUAAAAAGAAAAUAAUGGUUUGAUCUUUGUUCAUGACAAUUGCUUUUGAUGUACUGUAUCUCAACUUUUGAUUCAUCCCUGAAUUUGGAAUUACAUUUUUUUCUUUUUGUGCGCA